AGUCCUGCCACGAAUAUAUGAAUCAGUUUCCGGCACUUUCUGAUCCCUUAGGCUACGUAUUACUGGAGAAGGAUUUUGAAACAUUACAUCCAGAUUGUUCUUUAAAACUGUAUGCUGCUUGGCAAAAAAUAUCAGAUUUUGUAAUCAACAAAGUGCCACCUAAACUAAAGAAUCGAUUUGACAAUGUCUUUACAACAGAUGGUAAGAAAAUUGUAACUUUGUUUUUACUGCCUCACUUGUUUCCUGUGAACACAAUAAGAAACGGUAAAGCACGAAAUUGGAGGCCCUCUAGAAAAGAAUCUGAAGAAGGAUUUCUCCUACAUUUAAACACAAUCGCAGAUUUUGAAACAAGAUUACAAGAACAAACGGCAAAAUUACAAUCAUUUGGUCAGCCCUCACAACCUAUUACAGUGAUAAUAGGUCCUUCUUUUGAUGAAAUAAGACAAUGUUUAGUUGUAAUUGAUACGUUCAGAUACAAAGUGGAAACACCGUUAAAAGCUGUGGACCUUGUUUUUAAGUUGUGUAAUGCUUUAAACAUUCGAUAUCCUGUAGAGGUAGGACAGCUUUUUAUGUGUUUACAAAGAGCUGUAUAUAGUUUCGAAACUUUGUGGGACAAACACAAAAAUUCGCAGCUCACUUCUUCUGUCCUGGCGAUAAUUCAAGAAUAUAAAUCAUUAUAAAUUUAAUCAUUGUUUUGG